CAUAUGAGCUUUCAAAAAUAAGUGAAACGCCCCUCAAAUUUGAAUCCCCAUUUCGUCAAAAUCCACAGAGAAAGAGAAACAUAGGAGAAAAGCAAAGAGAAAGAGAGAGAAGGCAACUAGCCAUGGUGAAAGAUCUGAGCAACGAUCAAAUAUCCUCCAUGAAGGAGGCAUUCACUCUCUUUGACACCGACGGCGACGGCAAAAUCGCUCCAUCGGAGCUAGGGAUCCUAAUGAGAUCACUCGGUGGUAACCCGACCCAAGCCCAACUCAAAUCAAUAAUCGCCGAGGAAAAACUCACCGCGCCGUUCGAUUUCAACCGAUUUUUAGAUCUCAUGUCAAAACACCUCAAACCGGAGCCAUUUGAUCGCCAAUUGCGCGACGCGUUCAAGGUCCUUGAUAAAGACGGCACUGGUUUCGUCGUCGUUUCGGAUCUAAAGCAUAUUUUAACUAGUAUCGGGGAGAAGCUUGAACCUGCGGAAUUUGAUGAGUGGAUCCGAGAAGUUGAUGUUGGAUCCGAUGGGAAGAUCCGGUAUGAGGAUUUCAUUGCUAGGAUGGUUGCCAAGUGAUUUUUGCAUGUGAGUCCUUCUAUCUUUUAGCAUUUGAUGAAAACCCCCCUGAAAGUUUUAUACUUGCAGAGUUUGUUCCAAUAUUUUGUUUAAGCUUAUUAUUCAUGUUGUUUGCGUGGGUUAUGUAUACCAGUUUGUGUGAAAUCAACACUUAAUGUACUCGAUAAGGUUCGUGCUUCACAUUAUUGUUUCUGAAGAAAUACAAAACAUAAAUGAUAUCUUCAAUCGCA